UGUUAGUUUGCUGUAGUGAAUGGUUGAUGGAGAGAAAAACUAAUUGCAGAGAUAAAUUACAUAAAAUAAAUAAUUAAGUGUUGCAUGUUCAUGCUUGCCAUUCGUUACGAAAUUUUGUACGCUGGACAAAAUCAUGGUCAUAUUUAGUUGUCAGUUCAAAUGUGUGCUUAAUUAUAAUUUUAUAUACUUGUGAAAAUCUAUUUAGUUUGGUAAAAAUUUUACCUAUCACUUAACAAACAGAGGAGAUACAAAAAAUGUGCAACAUUAUUCCCGUGGAGACCGGAAGUGUGUUGCUGAAGGAGCUAAAGGAAAGGAUAAAAGAUAAUGAAAAACUGCAUAAUUUCGCUGAUAUUUUCGACGAUAAGCUGCUAGUUGGAUUUCUCCGGGGGAAGAGGAACGACAUGGAGAAGACGGUGGCAUGUUUGGAACACUUUGUCUACGUGAGGACAGAAAAGUAUCCAAUUUUUACGCAAACGUAUCUACCCUCAACGGUGACCAUGUUGGACAAGGAUCUUUUCAACAUUCUUCGCCAUCCCGACCCGAACGGUCGUGUGGUUGGCGUGGUGCAAAUGUGCAAGUGGAAUCCGUCCAUUGCUCCGAUCGAGGAUGCCAUCGCGACUGGAAUGUUCGUCCUUGAUGAGGGAAUUCGAACCUAUUUCUCCACCGGAAAUGAGCUCGUCUUACUCUUUGACUGCAAUGGAUUGACCUUAAGCCAUGCGAGAACGAUAACGCCAAGGAUUGCGAUCCUCCUAGUGAACAUGUUCGUGAAAGCUAUACCCAGCCGACCUAAGGGAGUCCAUAUUAUACAUGAAGGAUUUGUAGUGCAUAAUGUAUACCGGAUAUUUAAAAAUUUACUACAUAAGAAAUUGAGGGAGAGGGUCAACAUGCAUGCAUCCGAUUUGGAAAAGUUGCAUAAUCAUUUGCCACCAGCCAUACUGCCGGAUUUUUUAGGUGGAGAUCUUACCGUUGAGGAAGCCUUUGACACAUCCUUGCCAACAAGUAUACGCAGGAUGGAUGGAUUUUAUGAAAACCUGGCUAGACAAAUAUAAGGAGGAAGGGCGACACACAUAAAUUUGAAUAGUGGAAACGAAACUUGUUAUAGAUAAUUCAAAUUAUGUACAAAUUAUGUAUUAAAAUUAUAUGUAUGUAAGGUUCA